UCUGCCUCUUAUUUGCUCAUACUUUUGUCCUUGUAACCUUCUGCCAACAGUUAGCCAAUCUUAUCCAUGAAGGCAACGUGUAAUAUCCAAUCAGUGGCAGAGUAGGGCGGUUCUCCUCAGAAUCCGGGUGGAAGAAGAAUCAGAGCUCAUGAGCUAUAUUUCGUGGUAUGACGAAAUAACUCUGCGCCAACGAAUCAAUACCGUUUAUAUGAAGUUAGCCAGCUAGCUAGUGGCUGUUUUAUGUAAGUUUUGUGUAUGCUGUGCAUAUAAUUGGACUGUUCCCUCACCUUCUACCGGUCUCAAUCACAGGAUGAUCGAUACAGAGAGGGGAGGUGGCGAUGCUGGUGCUGCAGAGACCAGCAGUAAGAACAAGGACACAGAAAAGAAGAAGAGGUCUCGUGUCAAACAGCUGCUGGGUGAUGUGAAGAGGCAGGUGGAGUUUUGGUUUGGAGACGUCAACCUUCACAAGGACCGCUUUCUGAAAAAGCUCAUCGAUGAGUCAGACGAUGGAUAUGUUGAUAUAUCUGUGUUGGCAAGCUUCAAUCGAAUGAAGAGCCUGACAACUGACACCAAGUUGAUUGCCAGGGCGCUGAAAAACUCAACUGUGGUUGAGGUUAAUCUAGAGGGAAAUAAAGUAAGGCGUCAGCUUCCGAUUGGAGACAUACCAGAUGAUGUCGACAGCCGCACAGUCUAUGUGGAACUUUUGCCCAAAGAUGUGACGCACAGCUGGAUAGAGAGAGUGUUCACAAAAUGCGGAAAUGUGGUUUAUGUCAGCAUCCCAAGAUACAAGUCCUCCCGCGACUCCAAGGGGUUUGCCUUUGUUGAGUUUGAGACUGUGGAACAAGCACAGAAAGCCAUAGAGAUGCUGAACAAUCCGCCUGAAGAUGCUCCCAGGAAGCCAGGCAUUUUCCCCAAGACAAGAAGCAGGAAGCCCAUUCCUCUGUCCGCAUCAGGUGAGGAUGAGGAGAAGAAAAAGCGGAAGAAGAAGAAAAAGAAAGACGGUGCCAUAGUCCAGACUCCUGCAGAAGAAGCCAAAGAGCAGGAGAUGGAGGCAGAGCCGUCUGAGCAAAAGAGGAAGCGGUCAGUAGCGGACGACAUGGAAGAAGAAUUGGGCAGCAGUCAGAAGACACCAGGGAAACUAUCGGAGAAAAAAAGACGGAGGUCGCAGACAGCAGAGGGAACAGAAAGCGAAUUACCAUCUAAGAUGAGAAAGACUAGCGAAAGUGAAACUGGAGACAAGGAGAGAGAUGUUGCAAAGACUGAUGUAGAUCCACCCACUGAAGGCAAUAAAGAGAGAGGUGUUGAUGACGGCAAAGAAAACAGAGAUGACUCAACAGUUAAAGCAAAGAGGAAGAGAAAAAAGAAACACAAGGAGAAACUGAAAAUCGGAGAGGAAGUUAUCCCACUCCGGGUCUUACCCAAGAAAGAGUGGCUUGAAUUGAAGGAGGAGUAUAUGACGUUACAAAAGCGCAGCAUGGGGUCCCUAAAGAAGUGCAUUAGUAAGAUUGACCACAAGGAGCACAAGAGUUUAAUGGAGAUGGACAAUGAGCCUCAUGAUGGUAACAAUGAGAAGAGUGAAACGACUAAACUGGGCCCUCAGUUUACCAGCGGUGUCAUUAUGAAGAUUACAGACAAUAAGCCGCUGCCAGGGAGGAAGUUGAUCAAAGAUGCCCUGUCCAAAGUAUCACCCGUAGCAUAUGUUGACAUCCUAGAGGGAGAUGCUGAGGGUCACAUACGUUUUAACACCCCUGAAGAAGCUAAAGCUGUCAGUGAUGCGAGAGCAGAGCUCCAGAGCGAGCACAGCUGGAAACUUGAGAUUCUCUCAGGUGACCAUGAGCAAAGGUACUGGCAGAAGAUCCUGGUGGACCGUCAAGUCAAGCUGAAUCGUCCAAGGGAGAAGAAGCGAGGCACAGAGAAGCUCAUAUCCAAAGCAGAAAAAAUCAUCAUUGCCCGGGCCAAGGAAGCUCAUAAGCACAUUCGUUUCCAGGAUGACUGAAAGCUACCCAAACUUGUUUUUGAUGACCACACAUUUAAUUAACUUUGUUUAGUCUUUACGUAAUGUGAUAAGAAGGGGACAGUUUGUGUAAAUGUGUACUAAGCUUGGAGAGAACUGAAUGGAAACUUGUUCAAAUGCAAAAUGUCCCCUUAUUUUUUAUUUUUUUUUCGUUUGUUUGCACUGGAGCCCCAGAGAUAAUGUGGUUUGCUGCUAUGCAUCGGGGGACAUUUAAGCAACAUUUUAAAAUUGAACGCCUUUUUAAAAAACAAAAAGAUUCUGUACAUGAUGUAAAUAUGAUUCAUUUCAAAGUUCUCCCAGUCAAAACAUGGACAAGG